AUGGCGCCGACGCAACCCGCAGUGCCGCAGAGGUCUGUGUCUUUCAAUCCUGAGGCGGCCACUUUCAGUCCCAGCUCUGUCAACCCUACGACAACGACUGCGGAUACAGACCCAACUCCGCCAAAAGUUCAAGAGCAUUCAAGAGUCCCGGAUAUGUUUGGUGAGAAAUGGCGUUUUCGGUCAAGCAGACGCGGACGUGCUAACCGCCGUCGCUAUCAAGGUGCAAGAAUAGCAUAUCCGCUUCGCAGUACGGCUCGUACACUUGAGGGGGUGCAGCAAGAUGCAGCUCCUCGCGACACUCUUCCUAAAGACAACAUCAACAUUCCCAUGCCGUUUCCUCCCCUCGGAUUGUUAUGUUCCGCACGUCGUGGACCCGACUUCAGUGCACCCCCAGUUGGCGAACUGAAUGCGAACCUUGGCUUGUCUGGUGCCAAGAGAACUGACACUACUAACGACUCGCCAGUACAGUCACACGAGUUACCAGGAUCUGAUGCCGAUGCCCUAGCCGGUCUCGAUGGCAAGCUCAUUGGACAAGCGCUGAACAAGCCCAUGACCGCUAACGACCUAGCCCGGUACCUCAACGGCUUGACUGUUCAUCAAGGAGGCCUGAUUCCGCCGUCUCAGGGCACUCAGUAUGGUUAUGGCACACGUCUUCCGGAGAUAGAGGCUAGCGAGGACAAGGCUACAAAGAUUGUGAAGCCGCCUCCUGGUUUUGGUCGUGUGCAGUCAAGGAGGAUUCCGGCUGGAGAGUCAGGCGCUGCAGUUCUAUCUGUCAUGGAUCCGCAAAACGUACCUACAGGUCCUGCUGCAAUGACCCGACCCCGACGCUUCAGCGACCUUCCCCAGUUUCCGCAACAUGCCUCCGGUUCUGGACAUCGUCGCCGUUCGCGAGCGUACACCCGCGGCAAACGUACUGAUCAAGGCCCAGAGCCAUCAGCUGCCGACAUCUACCCUGAAGAUGCCAACGUAACUCGCCGCUCUUCAUACCUCCAACCUGCUGUUCCCUUCCUCUUUCCCAAGGCUGAGCCACUCCCUCAGUCACAUUUCAGCGCCGAGGAUCCUGUCAGCUGGCCAACUCCCGCAGAAGUGGAUACACUUAAUCUAAAAAAGCCACAAACUCCCCGUUCCCUCAUCCGACUCUUCGACCAGAAGUUUGGCAACGAAGCUGCCGCCGCAGCUCUCCCUGCGCCCCCUGCGCCCUUCGACAUCUUCGCAGACCACAGCUACCCCACAAAAGAUGACUUCAACGCCGCUGACGACGAAGUUCGCUUCCUGCUGUCUUCUAUCCCCACCUUCUACUAUCAACAAGAAGUAGGCCAGGCUCAGACUCAGACUCAGCAUCAAGACCAAGGCACCGCCUAUCUCACCUGCGAUACUCGCCCCCUUACCCCCGAACAACUCACGGGAGCACGUUACGGCAUCCGCUACCACGGCAUCGGUCUAGGCGAUAACUGGAAGUGUCUCGAGGUCAAAGAGGGCGAGCCUUUCCGAGUGCGUCCUCGUAACCAUGACGGUUGGGGCAGCUGGGAAUGGGCCAUUCGCAAAGGAUGGGCCAAAGAGUGA